AUGGAGUUUUCUUGUUUGAAUUCCAGGUGUUUCUCAUCAAGUAUCCUCCUUGGGAGUCUUCUGUUUGUCAUGAUCUCAGGUUUUGAAUCAGCAACUUUUAGUAAUGAGACAGAUGGUCAAGCUUUGCUCGACUUCAAGAAUCGGAUAACUCAGGAUCCGCUUCAAAUUAUGAGCUCAUGGAAUGAUUCUCUUCAUUUCUGCAAGUGGGUAGGUGUUACAUGCAGUCCCUCCGGUGAGAGAGUCAUGAUUCUGAACUUGGAGUCACAAAGGUUGGUUGGCUCCAUACCACCCUCCAUAGGCAACCUGACAUUUCUAACUGGCAUCAACCUUCGAAACAAUAGCUUCAAUGGUGCAAUUCCGCAAGAAAUGGGACGCUUAAUACACCUACAACACCUCAAUUUCACAUACAAUUCCUUUGUUGGACGUAUUCCGACUAAUAUCACUCAUUGCACAGAACUUACAGUGCUUGAUUUAGUAUAUAAUGAGCUUGUUGGGCUGAUUCCAGACCAGCUCAGCUCACUGUCAAAAUUGUUAUUAUUGGCUCUUGGCGGCAACCAUCUUACAGGCGGCAUCCCAGCUUGGGUAGGGAACUUUUCCUCUCUUCUGCGUAUUUCACUAGCCCUGAACAAUCUUGAAGGAAAUAUUCCUCAUGAAUUGGGAAACCUUUCGAGCCUUAAAUUUUUUCAAGUUUAUGGAAAUGAGCUAUCUGGUACGAUUCCUCCUUCAAUUUACAAUAUUUCAUCAAUUUACUACUUUUCUGUUGCUCAGAACCAGUUACACGGCCAACUCCCAUCAAAUGUUGGCUUCACUCUUUCCAAUCUUGAGGUAUUUGCCGGGGGUGUAAACAAUUUCACUGGCCCAAUUCCAGUUUCAUUAUCAAAUGCUUCCAGCCUUCAAGUGCUCGAUUUCGCUGAAAACAGUCUUACUGGGACUGUGCCAACGAAUCUUGGAAGGUUACAAGUUAUAUACAGAAUUAACUUUGAUGAUAAUAUUCUAGGAAAGGGGGAUAUUGGCGACCUGCUGACUUUCUUGGGAAAUUGCACUAGACUGGAGGUGUUGGGCUUGGCUAGAAAUCAAUUUGGAGGCGAGCUGCCCAACUCCAUAGCUAACCUUUCAACCAGCCUCAAAAGACUCACUCUUGGGUCCAAUCAAUUACAUGGAAACAUUCCCAACGAAAUUGGGAACCUUUUCAACUUGACACUUCUAGGCCUGGAAGGGAACUUUCUAACUGGCAAAGUCCCUGAUGCUGUGGGAAAACUUCAACCGUUAGGGGUCCUGGGUUUGAAUGUUAACAAUUUGUCUGGGCCAAUUCCAUCCUCUCUUGGUAACUUAACAUCAUUAAUCAAGCUCUGGAUGGAGGAGAAUGGACUAGAAGGAACCAUUCCUCCGAGCCUUGGAAAAUGCCUAAACCUGGAGCAGUUGAACAUUAGUAGUAACAAACUGAGUGGCACAAUACCGAAAGAGGUCUUUGGUAUCUCUUCCCUUUCCAUUUCUUUGACAAUGUCUCAUAACUUUUUGACUGGUUCCCUGCCUAUGGAAGUUGGCAAGUUGAGAAACCUCAUGGAGCUAGAUGUUUCAGAUAACAGAUUAUCAGGUGAAAUUCCCAGCACCCUCAGCACCUGUCUUAGUUUGGAGCGCCUGCUUGUGAAGAAUAAUUUGCUUCAAGGAACCAUUCCUGAAUCUUUGAAAACAUUGAGAGGGCUACAAGUGAUUGAUUUUUCACAUAAUAACUUUUCUGGACAGAUUCCAGAAUUUUUGGGAAAGCUUUCUUCUCUCAAGAAACUCGAUCUUUCAUUCAAUAAUUUCAAUGGCGAAGUGUCAAGGGAAGGCAUCUUUGCAAAUGCUAGUGCAAUUUCCAUCCUGGAAAAUGAUGAAUUAUGUGGAGGUGUCCCGGAACUACAUUUGCCUGCAUGCUCUCAAGAUAACUCCCACUCAUCAGCAAAACUCCUUUCCCUGCAAGUAGUAAUCCCAGUAACUGUAUUGAUACUUAUAGUAAUAUUGUUGUGUUCUUUUGCUGCUUGGCGUAUGAUAAAGAAGCCGAAAACAGAACUUUUAACAGCAUCCUCCACCACGGAUUGGCAAUCAGGUAUUUCGUAUCCAGAAAUUAUUAAAUCAACAAAUGGAUUUUCAAUCGACAAUUUGAUCGGUUCUGGCAGUUUUGGCUCUGUCUACAAAGGAGUUUUAUCUGGUGAUGGUUCAGUGGUGGCAAUAAAAGUAUUAAACCUUGAACAACAAGGAGCUUCCAAGAGUUUCAUACAUGAAUGCAAAGCUCUGAAAAGUAUAAGGCACCGUAACCUCCUCAAGAUCAUCACUGCCUGUUCAAGCGUCGAUUAUCAAGGUAAUGACUUCAAAUGUCUAAUUUUCGAGUUCAUGUCCAAUGGAAGCCUAGACUUUUGGCUGCAUCCAAACGAUGGUGAGCAGCGUAAUACCAAGAAUUUGAGCAUCAUUCAGAGACUAAACAUAGCUAUUGAUGUUGCCUCUGCAUUGGAUUAUCUCCAUCACCAUUGUGAAACACCAAUUGUUCAUUGUGAUCUAAAGCCAAGUAAUGUACUCCUUGAUGAGGAUAUGACGGCUCAUGUUGGUGACUUUGGAUUGGCAAGAUUCCUACUGGAAACACCAAACAAUCCCUCCAAAAAUCAGACCAUGUCAAUUGGGCUAAAGGGUUCUGUCGGGUACAUACCUCCAGAGUACGGUAUGGGUGGCCAAGUCUCCACACUGGGUGAUGUUUACAGCUAUGGUAUGCUCUUGCUAGAGAUAUUCACCGGUAAAAGACCAACAGAUGACAUCUUCACAGAUGGUCUAAACCUUCCCCAGUUUGUGGCAAUGGCUUUGCCAGAAAAUGUCAUGAAGGUAGCAGACCCGUCAUUGCUCUUGGCUGAAGAAGAAGAUAACUUAGACAAGAAUGAAGGCCAGGAAGAAAAAAAGGCAAUAAUCAAGGAUGACGAUCCCCAAUGCAGUUCUACUAAAAAUCAAAUGGUGGAAUGCUUGGUAUCGGUGAUGAAAAUUGGACUUUCAUGCUCUACUCCAUCACCAAGGGAGCGACUACAGAUGACCGUC